CUGGAAGGGAGGAGAAGAGGAGAAUAGGGGAGCAAAGGAGAGGUAUAACAGAAAAGAAGGAAGAGAUCGUUAGAGGGUGCUGACAUUUGAGGUGGUGUAUCAUUUGAAUGUGACAGAAGCACCUCCCUUCCUGCAGAGAUACAGAAUACAUUUUUCAAGUACUUCCAUGGUAAUAUACUCGGCUGGUGCUGAUUGGCCGAAACCUUGAUGAUGCACUGAUUCUACACCAUGGAACAGGAGGCUCUGUGGAAAUACCCACAAUCCUCAGCUCCCUGAUUUACAUUGACAGCGUCCCAGGCUCAUCGAGAAAACCUGUCCAAGCCAUGAUGUCAGUCUGCGUACCUCCACCAUGUAACUCCUCCUCCUCUGUGGACGUAACCAAUCACAACGGGCCCUCUGCAACUCCACCCACUUCCCUCAGCCUGCGUUCCUCACACAAUCAGCUGCUCAGUGGCGAUGUCAUAAAACAGGGCCAGGCCACGCCCCCCAAGUGUCGAAAGAAGUACGCCCUCACGAGCAUUCAGAGCGCGAUGGGACUCGGUGAAGGAGGGACGCCAUCAUCGUCAUCUUCUGCCAAUCCGAAACUGGCCAAAAACGGUGCAAAUCAGUUACGUAAAGCAGCGGAACAGCAGGAUCACAACAAAAAUACCACCAGAGAAGAUGAAGAAGGAAACACGGCAGAGGAAUCGGAGCUGAAUGUUGAUGAUGACUUGAGCAUUGAGAAAUUAAGCCUCGACAGCGAGUCCAACACCGAUGUCGAUCACAGUGACUUUGACCCUAAUAAUGAGCUUAAUGAGGAUGUAAAUGAGUUGAUUAAUGAUGACACUAAUGAAGAGGAUCUAGUUCAGCCUGUGGAGAAUUGUGACGACCUGCUCAUUCUGUCUGAGAAAACCGAAAUUGUCUCAGACAGAAAGUCCUCUGACAACCUUAAGACCAAGAGUUACCUGGAGUCGUGCCUCAAUGCCCUGUCAUAUGACCUGCCUGAUGUGCAGGAUGAUGUCACAAAACCAUUGCUGGAGAAGGAGAAGAAUCCCGUUCCCACGUCUCCAAGGAAACAGCAAAGCCCCGAGGACACGCCCCUGUUGUCUGUUGGGUCUUCAUCUUGCUCUUCUUCACCUGAGACGAAAAAAGACAGACCACGGACGGGAGCCAAGACAGACCGCGCACUAAACCGCAUCCAGAACCUUCCGCACAGCGAUGAGGAGUCCAGCUGGACCACACUGUCACAGGACAGCGCAUCGCUAGGCUCACCAGAGGAGAGCGAUAUCUGGGGCGAGCAGUCGUUUCAGACAGACCCUGAUUUGCCUCCAGGAUGGAAGAUGAUGACAGACAUGGCUGGUAUUUAUUACUGGCACAUUCCAACGGGUACCACACAGUGGGAGAGACCCGCCCCAUGCCAUCCAGUGCCAACUGGCCCCAGCCAUGCCAGCCGCAAACACUCGCUGGGCUCCCUGUCCCCCUCGCCCACCCCAGAUCAUGAGUCAAUGUCUCACGCCGAUGUGUUUUUCGGAGCGUCGAGUCGUUCAGGCAGCACCACCUCCGACAGCUCCUCUGACCCUGCCCCCAUCCCCUCCUCUUCCUGUUUAGACCCCACCCCUAUUCUCUCUUCAAACUCGUCCUCUGACGGCAAUGUUCCUUCCUGCGGAUUUGUCAACAGCUGCUACUUCCCUCGUUCCUCAUCCCUACAGAUAAUGCCAGGAAAGGACAGACACUCCGAGACACGCCAUCGGGAAGAAGACAGGAAACAGCCGUGGAGUGAUUUUGCAGUGGGAAAGAUUGAUAGUGAGAUCUGGAAGGAUCUGCAGGAGGCCACAGUAAACCCUGACCCCAGUCUGAAGGAGUUUGAAGGAGCAACUCUCCGCUACGCCUCCCUUAAGCUACGAAACCCUACCCCUGGGGAGGAGGAAGAUUCCAGCAGUAUAAACAAGGACCCUGAAGUCAAGUGUUUCGCCGUGCGAUCUCUCGGCUGGGUAGAGAUGGCCGAAGAAGACUUGGCUCCUGGUAAAAGCAGCGUCGCUGUUAACAACUGCAUCCGUCAACUCUCCUACUGCAAAAAUGACAUCCGAGAUACUGUGGGCAUCUGGGGAGAGGGGAAGGAUAUGUACCUCAUUCUAGAGAAUAACAUGCUGAAUCUGAUUGACCCAAUGGAUCGAAGCGUUCUACACUCUCAGCCAAUCGCAAGCAUUCGUGUGUGGGGCGUCGGCCGCGAUAAUGGAAGGGAUUUUGCAUACGUAGCUCGAGAUAAGGACACCCGCAUAUUAAAAUGUCAUGUGUUCCGCUGUGACACCCCUGCCAAAGCCAUCGCCACCAGUCUGCACGAGAUCUGCUCCAGGAUCAUGGCAGAACGCAAGAAUGCCAAAGCUAUGGCUGGAGGAUCCCUACAGGAUAGGUCACACACUGGACUUGACGUCCCACUACAAGCAGAGUUCCCCACGCCAAAGACUGAAUUGGUGCAGAAAUUCCAGGUGUUAUACGUUGGUAUGAUACCAGUUGCCAGACCUAUAGGCAUGGAAAUUCUCAAUGGUGCGAUAGACAGUUUGAUGACAUCAUCAAUCCGAGACGACUGGUCCCCCGUGCUGCUGAAUGUAGCCGAUGCAACAGUCACAGUCAUCAAAGAAAAGGAGGAAGAUGAAGUGUUGGUGGAGUGCCGUGUGCGUUUCCUGUCCUUCAUGGGAGUAGGAAAAGAUGUGCAUUCAUUCGCGUUCAUCAUGGACUCUGGGAACCAGCACUUUGAGUGUCAUGUGUUUUGGUGUGAACCCAAUGCUGGCAGUGUGUCUGAGGCUGUUCAAGCAGCGUGCAUGUUGAGGUAUCACAAGUGUCUGGUGGCACGCCCUCCGUCUCAGAAAGCCUGCUCACAGGCGCCCCCUGCUGAUUCAGUCUCACGCCGCGUUUCCACCAGCGUCAAACGUGGAGUUCUUUCACUCAUCGACACGCUCAAACAGAAGAGACCAGUCACUGAGCUGCCCCAGUGAUCUGACCCACAAGCACUCAUACUCACUGUCACGCUCUGCAUGCUUACAAAUACCAGAAUGUCCUGUAAAUAGCUGCCACGUCAAUGGAUGGAGACGAGGAGGAGCCCAUGGGUGAAAACAAAUGUUGGCGAGACGAAAUGAGCCAAUGCCUAGAAAUCCACCCUUUACUCACACAAGCACACACACACACCUAAUCCGACAUCUUCAGCUUUCAUCGAUUACCUGGAUGUCAGUCAUGCGUGUAUCUGCAUGGGAAGCCACGCCUCUCCAGCAUGACACAAACCAGUAGGCUCCGCCCAUCUUUAAACGCUGCCUGAAGAAUCAAAUCAGAAUUGAGCAUCAAACAUCAUUCGAUUUGUGUAUGUAAUUCAGGCGGAACACACACAGCUGCUUCAACUCACCAGAGCUUCAGCUUCAUAGUUAACUCUAGCUGCUUGGCCAUAUGUGUGUGAGUUUGGCCUUGAGGAGGAUGUUUGGUACUUUUCAUGAAUACAGUUUGGUGUCCCGUUACUUUUAAAGCAAAAUCCGUUUUUUUUGUCGGAACAAUAAGAUAAGUUAGAUAAACAAUAUGAUAAGGUAGAUCAAUGUAAAAGUAACUAGUAUUAAAAACAUCAAAUAAUGGAUGCAUUAAGUUCUAUAUAUAUAUAUAAAUUCUUGGCUUCAUUUUUUUAUUUUUAAAAUGUAAAAAUGACUUUUUAAAGCCUUGCUUUGUUCCAUGUUCAUGGAAAGUCCUGUUUCGUGUCAACCUAUUUUUGUUACCUUACGUCACAUCCUGUGUUAUCCGGAUAAAUGCAAACAUUAGUGAGGCAGAGAAUGGUCGGAUGAGAGGAAGUGAUGUCAUACGGUUUAACUUGUUCAACUAAUUUAAGCUUUUACCAAAUUAGAUUUAUUUAAUAAGCUCUGCUGACACGGUCUUCUUCACUGGACUCACUUGAGGCGACUUUAGAAAACAUGUCAAUAUGAAAUGAAGAACGUGAAAAUAAACCCACACACACAUAUUAAUGGCUCAAAUAUCCCUGUAGACUUGCCCUGCAUUAACACAGUCAAUGCGGUAGGGCAUGACCUGUUCAGUGUGUAGAUGUAAUGUAUGAAUGUGCUUUUUUAUAUUUCCAAAGUGACUUUGCCUUUUUUCUUUGAAUGAGAGAAUAUAGAGGAAGAGAACUGAAACUUUUGCUCAGAGCCAAACAGUUCAAUCGUGUUGAAAUCGUGCUUCGACCCCCAGCGUAGCGCUCACAUCCUCGAGAAACACAAACUGUGUUCUGCUUCACUUACUGCGCUCCUGGACAAGGUCGGUUCUAACUGAAAUUCUGAAAAAAACGACCAAUAGGAAUGGCUUUGCAGCACAUCCAGGUUAGCGGAAAAACCCCCAGUGUCUGUGAAGAGCUAUUUCAGUUUCAGCAUCCUGACCUUGCUUUUGGAUAUCAUUAUUGUCCUGGUAAUGCUUCACAACUGUUUCUUUCUGUUCUCCCGGUGUGGUUCCUGGCGUGCCACCUGUAGUCCCUGAAAAGUCACUUGUGUGUGUCUAUAUAUUAGCAAAAGUCAUAUCAUUAGCCUUUAUUUUUCAUAUUUGAGAUACUUUUAUUUUGUAAUGGUUUUUGUUUUGGUCAUACUUGCCUUGCAUGUCUAGUGAUUCAGUUUCAUCUGGCCAUAUUGUACAAAAAUCAUUGUAUGUGUUGUAGAUAAAACAAAAAAAAAACUGAAGAACGGAUGAUGGUAGAGGUUGUGAAUAUACAUUUAUUUUAUGGUCCUUUUUAGGAGAACUAGCUAUAGGAGAGGAGAUGUGAAUUUGUACGUGUCUUAUAUCUAUGCAUUCUUUUAACUCUGAGGGCGGUUCGAGAAAAAAUAGACACAUUGCCUUGCAUGUCCCGGGACAGUUUAAGGAGAAAAGCUGUACUGAGCAGAAAUGAUAUUUUUUAUUUUAUUUAUUCUAUUUUAUAUCGGUAUUUACUGGUUUCACUCUAUCGUGCUCAGACGUUCUGUAACCUGUCUCAAAGAACAAAUGGAUUUAUUCUAGAAGCAAGUCAAUCCAAAACAUUGUACAGUUACUCUCAAAAGCUGCUCACCAUCGUGACGUAACAUUUAAAAGGCCUUUACAUUCUGCCAAAACGUUAGAUAUUACAGGUACAGCUUCAGUCCGCCAAUUCCUUCCAAAAACUGAUGGCCAGUUUAAGCAAAAUUAUUCAAUAGAAGACACGCGUCAUGAAUUUGUUUGGGCAGUGUGUGGAUGUGUUUAGCAAGCUCCACUAAAGCAUUUAUCUUUAUUCUUGUAUCUUUGACUGCACAGUGUCAUCAGAUUUUUACAGUUAAUCAGAAUUUGAGAUGAUGAAAUAACCCUCAUCUGCAUACACGUGUGUUAAAAUGAGCUGACCCAAAUCAAUCUGCCUGUGUACUGCACCUCCUCUGUCUUCUCUCAUCAGUUUUGAAGGAAGCGCAAGUUUUUCCUCAUGUGAAUUUCAAUCAGCGAUACGCUGUAGAUGUAUCGUCUUAUACAAUUCAGUGUAUUUGUUACUGAUGAUUGUUGAUCCACCCAUUUUUGGUUUUCAUGGUGAAAAUGAAUUGCACUUUUUUAAAAUAUAUGCUUUCCAUUGCAACCUUCACAGUCACUGUAAGUGCAAAACCGGCAAGAUGGAGCAGGAUUAUGGGUAUUAAUAUAGUGCAGUACAAUAAUCUAGAAUAGAAUCAUCAGAAUUAUCAUGUGAGCCAAGAGUAGUGUAUUGUUAGACCUUAAUGUUCUUGCAUGGUGAAACACUCUGAAUAUCAGGGGAAAUAUCAUCACAAGGAUUAACAAGAUAAGAAUGAACACUCUGGUGAAUCACAGACACACACACACACACACGUUUAUGUGGAAACGUUGGCUUUAUCUGCUCUACACUAAUUUGUAAACCAUAUAAAUGUAAACUGUUGUGGAAAUAAAUGGCAUAUCACAAAAUACA